CAUAAACAAGAAAAUAAACGAAGGACCACAUGAAGUCUGUAUAAACACAUGUAAGAUGUCAUAAUCUCAUAAUCUACCGCUAAGCACACUACUUGUUUGACCACCGUCGGCACCGUCCACUGGCCUAAACAAACUGACUGCAGCCAUAUUUGCCCAUCGGUCACUUGAUAUACAGGCUUUAUUAAGCGCUCCGCUCUAAUAUUGUAAACAUAGAUUCGAUGCUUUGUGUGUUUACGUCUAAAUAGUUUGUUAUUUUGAAUUUUGUAGGCAAAUUUUAUGAUUAUUCAAAAUUAUAAGUGUCAAAAAUGAGUAACACCCGCUCUUAUUCUCUUAACAAAGUUAUCAGUCCACAGUCAUUCAUAUUAGCUCAUGGGGCAACAUUUGUGCACCUAUCAAUAAACAAAAAAAAUAUUUGACUACGUCAUAACCAAGGAAGGCGGUAGGGUAUAUGCCAAUGUUUCAAUUUCGAAAGGCUAAUUAAAUAUCCAAAUAAAUCAUUUUUCCAGUAACAUAAGGUAAUCAUUCCAUAUAAAUCAUUUAUUAUCACCAUGGCACUGCGAGCACAAACAAUCGAAAUUGGUCCUAGUUUCCAUACGUCUCGUUUUUACACAUCAUGGUGCGAUACGAGUAAGAAUAGGAUCGAACGCUACGCCGAAAAUAGUCUACUAAUUUGAAGGUUUAGUAAGUGUGGGAUCGCCCCGUAUGUUCAACUAUGUCCAUGCCUUCUUGAAUCGUAAUUUAGUCUACUGCUUGACUCCGACUUUUAAACAUCUGUGAAUAUCAAUUCUCGUUCGUGAUGAGUUUCUGCGGAAAAGUGGUGUUAGUGACUGGUGCGAGCUCCGGUAUCGGGGCGGCUACCGCUUUGCUGUUUUCUAAGGAAGGUGCUCAAGUUGCAAUUGUUGGCCGGAAUGAAGAAAAACUGAAAAAAGUCAGGCAGAAAUGUGCAGCACUCGACUCAGAUCCACUCGUCAUGAAAGCUGACGUUGCAAAUGAGGAGGAAGCAAGCACUAUUAUCCAGCAAACCGUGGACCAUUUUGGGCAAUUAGAUGUUCUUGUAAACAACGCGGGCAUCAUGAGAGCUAUGGCAGUCAGCGAUCCAAACAUUCUGCAAGUUUUUGAUGAAGUUAUGAAUACGAAUCUUCGUUCAGUCGUGCAGUUGACCAAUCUUGCUGUACCACAUCUGGAAGCCACUAAGGGGAACAUUGUGAAUGUGUCAAGUAUUUCAGCGCUUUGCGUGAGUGGAUCAAAUUUUAUGCCGUAUGGCGUUUCAAAGGCAGCCUUGGAUCAGUUUACUCGUUGCGCAGCCUUGGACCUGGCGCCGUCCGGGAUAAGAGUCAACACAGUCAACCCUGGGCCGGUGAAGACAGACAUUAUUGAAAAUUCUGGUUUAGCGCCGCCAGGUGCUGAUAAUGCUGCGUGGGAAAUGAUGAAGAAAUCAACGGCUUUGGGAAGAGUGGGCGAUCCUGAAGAGAUUGCGGAAAUAAUCGCUUUUUUGGCGAGCGACAAAGCAAAGGGAGUCACCGGCUCUAGCUAUGUCUCUGAUAAUGGAGGUUUGAUCAAUCGUCAGCUUCUUGGAUAAAUAGUCAUUUUUAGACAGACAUCAUAAUGAUUUAGCUUGCAUAAUAUUGUGACUUAUUGUGUGAUUAACGUGUUUAUGGAUUCUUGAAUAUAAUAUGUUACUAUAAUAUUUAAUUAUUUUACAAAAACAAUUGUGCAUAGCUGUAGCUGUUUGAACAAAACUAAGAAUCUAAUUUGUUACCUCUACCCAAAUUUUCCCUGUUGACGUUUCUGACCCUGUAGUGAAACUAUGUGUACGUAUGUACGUACGUACGUAUGUGACGUGUGCAAUGAAGAGUUUGUAAUUGUAUCGUAAUUUGCGAGUCAGAAAGUACACAUUGUAAAUUUUAAUAUUUUAUGGAACAUCAUUUGUUUAUUUAUGAUUAUUUGACAAUCGUCAUUUAUAAUUAAACGCACAUUAGAAAAUAUAUCACUAAUUUUAAUAAAAUAGAAUUAAUGUCAUGAACGUUCACAUUAAACAUGAUAUAAAACAUUCGCUUAUCAUGAGAAAUACCAACCACGAAAAAAUGUGUUAAUUAGUUUAAGAACGUAUGUUACCUCAAAUAUUAAAACAGUUUCGACAAGUACUUAGUUAUGUAAUCGUAAUUUUAAUUUCAAAUUAAACAUUUAAAUAAAUAUUUUUGUAAAAAUCCUUUUAUAUCUUUUCCGGUAGACGAGAGAUAGUAUAUUUUUACUUAACAUGCACAAGGAUUUAAUUACCCAGCACAGAGAGCCAUUAUAAUAUUAUUUUGUUGUAUAAAAGUAGUGGGUCAGUGGUUUUUAAUUAAUAAUGGAAGAACUUAGAUGAAGUAUUCCUGUGUUAUUUCAAGUAACGAAGUGCGUUAGAAAAUAUACAGGUAAAAGAAAUUCUGCAAUUAUGUGCACGUACGUUUUUUGUUCAACCAAGUAAAAAAUAUUUUACAUCACAAUGUACUUUAAGUAUUAGAUAUUAUUUAAACUUUUACUUCAGCAGAUACCAUGUAUACAAUUUCAAGUUUAUAAAAUCAGUUCAGUCAAUGUCGUUAAGUUUGGCCAAUGUUCCUUUCUGUAGGACAUACUGACACCAUAAGUUUUUAAUAUGCCUAGCGAUGUAUUUAGAUUUUAAUAUCUGUUAGGGUUAUGAUAUUAAUACAAUACGAUCGCUCGCGAUUAUUGGUUAACACUGAGUCGUGUAAAGGUCUUAUCAUAUUUAGUUGAAAUCGUCCCGCUUAUUAAAGUUGCAAAGAGCUUUAUAACAAAGAUCAAACAUCUUUCUUACACCUAUUCCCGGCACAAUCUCAAACGAAUAGUGUCCAAAGAAGAACCAAUAAGGAAUUAAAGAUCAGAUAAGAUAAAGAUUUAUGUUUGUUUAUACGAUCUGGGGAGGCGUCGGGGUGCGGAUUAAACGGCAAAUUGGUUUAAGAACCCCCAGUUCGGGAUCCGCGGGCACAAAUCAAUCGGAGUUCGCAAGGAAGUGUAUUCCUAUAGUAUUUCGGCUUUUAAAUUAAUAAACGAACAUAGUCCCAUAAAUUUU